UUGCAUCACAGUUUGGCCAUCAUGACUCAAAACAGAUCCAUUAUGGCAAAAGGGAUCCAAACUCUCUAUCUGCUGUUCAUCUCAGGUUUGUACCAUACCUAUCAAGAUGCGAAGAGCCACUGCAAAGAGAUGUACACCGACUUAGCUACAGUUCACAAUGCAACAGAUAUGAAGGAUUUAAUCACAUUGGUUUCAAAUAACAGUUCCAGAGCCUGGAUAGGACUGGAGACUGGCAAUGGUGAUACCAGUGGUCACAUUUUUGUUGCUGGAACCAAAUCAUGGAGGGACGCUCAGAGUCAUUGCAGGGGCUUAUUAUCUGAUCUGGUCAGCAUACACUCAUCAGAAGAGAAUGAGGCAGUACGAAAUGUGUCAGUGUCAAAUUCUGCGUGGAUUGGCCUCUUCAGAGAUCCAUGGAAGUGGUCUGAUGGGAGCACCUCAUCAUUCCGCAACUGGAAACCAGGAAACCUGAUAUUAAUCCAGGAAAACAUGACAUGGUUUGAAGCUAUGAGUUACUGCAGGGAGCAUCAUGUUGACCUUGUCCACAUUACAACUGGAGACAUUCAGAAGAAGGUGGCUGAAAAGGCAAGAAACGCCACAUCAGCCUAUGUCUGGCUAGGCCUACGCUACACCUGUAACUUUGACUUUUGGUUCUGGACCAGUUCAGCCACUGGCUGUUAUCAGAACUGGGCUCCAGGUGAAGGAUCUGAGGUUAAAUACGACUGUGGGGUCACUGGUGCCAUUCAGGCCACUGGGGGGCAGCAAUGGGUCGUCUUGCCUGAGGCAGAAAAACUGAAUUUCAUUUGCCAUGCCUGUGCUGGAUAA